AUGACAAAAAAUCUUUAUUAUUUCGACGAAGGGGGAGGUUGGAAUGAGCGCAAACCAACAAAUUUGCCAGCCUUUUCCUUGAAGACGAUCACCUUGUGCAAUGUGGACCUUAGCCGUACUGAGUUAGCUGAUAUUGAAAAGUUCAACGAGCUUCUCAUCACUCACACACCUGCUAUAAUAGUUGCGCACUGCGUCUCGCACCCGUCGCUGACGUGUCUGAAGACCCUCCACGCAAUACGCAAAAGUUAUGCACUGCUAGAGACGAACUACGUUGCCUCGCACGAGGAGGGCACCGUCGCCCUCCUACGCCUGGGAUUGCAGUGGGAGCCGACGGAGCUGACGGCGAAAUCGGACGGGAAGCAACUUCUUCGUGCGCUGCUUCAGAUUCCCAUGCGCUUUCCCGGCGGCCUGACGCUCAACAUCACAAUUAUCAAUAUGGACCACCGUGUCCUGCCGCAGCGUCGACUUCAGAUUGUGGGCACCUUGCUAAAGCCGACGAAUACCACGAGCGAAUCGGUCGUUUCCGUGUUAAUCAGCAACGUCGCGGAAGGGUCCGACCACAACGAGGAUUUUCACCGUGAAUUGCAAACUCUGCGCAGCAAUGGCGGUUAUGUUGACAUGCUCGAAGACGCGAUCGAGAAGAACACUACGACGCUGUGGUCGAUGUUCAUGAAAAGCCUCAAGCUCGUUCCCGUUUCGCCCUCCAUUGAGAUGAGUCGAGGGCAGGAGGCGCGGUUUCUUGUCUGCUCGAUCGCGCAGCGCACGGCGAACGCGCUGCAGACGAUCGCGAUCCCGAUGCCGCGCAGCGCGAAGACGGGCUGCACCAAAAGCCCCACCUUAUCCUCCGCGACCCCCCUGCACAACCAGGCCUUUUCCGACCCCGCGAUCUUGAGCGCGGAGGCCGCGAAGAGCACCAUCCCCCCGACGACCUCCCAGGCCGGGGACAUCUUCUCCCGCCUGAUGCCGCCCCACCUGCAUCACUCGAGGUGGAAGGCCGCCAACGCCUUCCAGCUCAAGGGCAACGACACGAAGCUGUCCAAUAUGGAGAGCAUCUUCGACGUCUCGGGGCUCUUUGGCUCCGUGAACGAGGCGGUGGAGGCCCUCAACUCGCGCGCCCUGACGUGGCCCGCGGACUACUGCGUCGUGCACAACACCGUCCUCUGCGCGGACGGGGUCAAGCACGGGGACCGGCAGGGCUUCCGCCGCUACACCCGCGAGGCCAAGGGCAACCCCAGCCUGACCUCGCAGGUCUACGCCGCGGUCUCGUCCUACGCGGGGAGCGGCGGGUACGGGGGAAAUCACCCCGUGGGUGAGGGGGGGAACGGGGGGAAGUCCUGGGUCAAGCCCUCCCGGGCGGAGCUGGAGGAGUUUAACGCCUUCCAGCGGCAGUUGAAGCAAGAGGUGGUGGUGCGGCGGGAGUGGCACGAGUCGUGUUGCACGAUCGUCUACCAGCUCACCUCGAGUGAGAUGAAUAAGUUUAAUAUUACACCUCAGAUUGGGCUCGGUAAGGAUAAUUUGAAGAAAGCGGUGCACUUUCUGAACCGUGCAAAGAUAAAUAUGAAGGAUAACCCGUUGCAGGACUAUGCCUAUGAUUAUGCGCUUUUGUUUUCCGUUGAACGACAGGGAUACUGGCUUCUUGCGGCUACACACGUUCCAUGUGAUAUUGUCGCAUGCCGAAUGGUGGCAUGA